AUGUUCCUGCCACCAUACCUGCAGCGCUGGCUGCUCCUCAACGCCAUCCGUCUCCUGACCAUCGUGUCAUGCACCCUUUCCAUCACCGCGACAUCUCUCACUCUCAAGCGCAACUUUUCCCACUACUCGGCACCACUUCUCUCGCCAAGCUCACCCUACUACCCAUCAACAGACAUCCCCACCACCUUCCUCGGAGUCUUCUGGUCGACCCUGCACCAUCUCUCCCUCUGCGUCGUGCUGUUCGUUGUCGUCCUUUCAGAGCUCUCCUUGCCGAUACCGCUACUCCACCGACUCUUCAAGAACACCCUGCCUUUCCUAGGACCCAAUUGGGGUACCGGCUUUCUCGGCGUGCUUCUCGUGCUGGUUGCGGCGGACGGACUGUCUCGGGCGGAAACAGGGCGCUUUGCACAGGUGGCAGGGUGGGUGCUCGCCAGCGCCGGAGUGGCCAAUGUCGCAAUCGGCGUCGUGUGGAGAGCCAAAGUCAAGGUGGUGCGGAGCCCGAUGGGGUGGAAGAAAGAUGUUGCGCAGAAGCUCGAGGGGCUGGCAGAGGCGAAGAGGGAUGCGGAACGGGUGGUGGACGCGCUGCCGUUGCCGCAGGGGUUGAAGCAGGGCGAGAAGGGGGCUGGAUUGAAGAGUGUCGUGGGAUCGGCGGGAAGGCUGAUCGCGAGUGGACUGGAGAAGCGGGCAGAGAAGAAGGAGGCGAGGGAGGCAGAGAAGGCGAAGAAGGAGGCGGAGAAGGAUGUCGAGAAGGCUACUCAGGAGGCGACCCCACCAAUGGCCAUUUUUACCCCGCCGCUGCCGUCCGCCAUCGUCAGCUCGAGGGGCACACCUCUGGCCGCAACAGCACCGCCUGUCAGCUCGACGACCGUGCCACCAGCGGUCAUCCCGCCACCGCUCAUCGUCCCACCUCCCGCUGCGGCUGCCCACUUGCGCCCGCGCACGCCUUCCACCUACUCCCAAUCCACCCUCUCCUCUUCCUACACCCUCGACAUGCCCCCACCACCGCUCGCCGUCCGCUCCGCCACACCACCCCUCAAAACAGUCCGAUUCAACCCAACGCCCUCCCCCAUACCUCCGGCUACAACAAUCGACUCGCUAGCCGCGCAUGCCUCCCUCUUACCUCCCUCACCCCUACCUUCAUCUCCUCUACCUCCAUCGUCUUCACCAAAGACGGUCGGCGUGGGCGGCAGCAAGUUCCUGCUCCUUCCUCCGCCGCUCACGCAUAUUCCAGCGAAGGGAAGCGUCGUGGAAGGCGAACGGUCGCCCUCCGUCCUCGCCAGUCUCAAGGCGGCCAUGCUCGAGGCUCAGGCGAAAGCCAAUGCCCAACAGGCAAAGAAGAGCAUCUAUCUCGGCAGUCGACGGUGGAAGGCCGAGUACGAGGGGUUGGCGGACGGCGAGCAGGGGCAUCGGGAGCGGCGGGAGAAGGACGAAAAGAGCGAGAAGCGGGACAAGGAGGAGUCGACAGACAAGAGUGGGAGAGGAGAGAAAGAGCGGCCGUACAACUUCCUCUGA